AAUUCUUUAAGAUCAUCUGAAGCAACCUUUAGAUUCUUAUAGAAAUGAAGAUUUUUGUUUCUCUUCUCUUCUGCAUAGCUAGUGCAUUGGCCUUCAAGGGAAAGUACACAGAAUGGCCAGUGUCUCUUGACAUGUCUUGUGAACCGUCUUCCUCUGAUGUUGAUUGCACCUUUGAUUUCGUCAAUGUUGCUGGUGAAGAUUAUUAUCUCCUCAUGCGUAACACUCCUCUUGAGGGACUCCUCUCUCCAUUCAUUGCUGUCUAUCACAAAGGACAUAGGCUGGAAUACGAAGGAAAGCUCAUUCAUCGUCGUCCUCCAACAAAGGACGAGUAUAUCCUCCUCAAGGCAGGUGAAAAGGUUUCUGCAACAGUUCACAUCAAUGAUGUGUUCACUUUAAUCCAUGAUGGUGGGUACACUAUAGAGUACAUCAAACCACUGAUGGUACUCCAAGAAGAGAUUAAAAUGCCAACAGAAGUAAAGAUUAACAGUGCUACUUACAUAUACUUGGAUAACGCUCGUAAAGUCUCCCUUCCACGUAAAGAAGUUGGACUUCGUUCUAAAGGUUCUGUCACUAUUGAGUCCUGCACUACUGCUAGCUUCAGUGGGGGUAACUCAAGUCAGCAAAGCGAUAUUCUCAAAGCCCACAAGAAACUCUGCACAGAAUUUGCUAAUGCUAAAAAUAACGUGAGUGACAGUAGCUUCUACAAGACUUGGUUUGGUACAUAUACUAGUGCACGUGCUACUAUCGUGAAGAAUGUCUGCCAGAAAUGCGUGGAUGGGCUAACUAGCAAGACCGUGACUUACGUCAUUGAGCCUUCCAACUGUCAAUCCAACUGGAAUGCAUACACUUACAAAGGAGGCACUAAGGUCUACCUGUGUCAAGCAUAUAACAACUAUGAUGUCUAUUGUAAGAGCAGUGGUGAUCCUACUAAGGAAGGUAUCCUUGCUCACGAAUGGUCUCAUGCUUUUGGAUAUACUGAUGAUUAUGUGUAUGGAGCAGCUAAUAACAAGCAACUGGCCAAAGAUAAUCCAAAUAAAGCAGUUGAUAAUGCUGACACUUACGAGUAUUACUACUGUCUCGCUCAGUUCGAUUAACUGAUGCAGUGUCAGAACUUGCAUUUUGCAAUUCUAAUAUAAUAUACUUUUGCUGCAAAUAAAAUAAA